AUGGAUAAUUGUAUACUUGUCUGUUUUUGUCUAUAUUCGGAGUAUAAGUAAUUCUUUAGCAAUCCAUAAUUUUAUAUCAAUUUGGCAUGGUUUUAUGGGGAUUUUGGAUCUAACAAGACACCGAAAAGCGGAACCAUCGCGUUCUAUCAAAAUACCCGGAAUUUAUUUCGGAUACACAGGAAGUCAGGAAGUCUUCCCCUAUGGUUUUAGCCGGUUCAUUUGCAUUAGGGUUUAACAACUAGUGUUAAAAAUAUAUUAUCUAGUUUCUGUUUAAUGUGUAUGAGAUAAAAUACAGCCAUCAAUAUGUUGAUUAAAGUUAAGACACUCACAGGCAAAGAAAUAGAAAUUGACAUCGAGCCUACAGACAAGGUGGAGAGAAUCAAAGAGAGGGUGGAAGAAAAGGAGGGGAUCCCUCCACAACAGCAAAGACUCAUUUAUAGCGGAAAACAAAUGAAUGAUGAGAAGACUGCUGCCGACUACAAGAUCCAGGGAGGAUCUGUCCUGCAUUUAGUUCUUGCUCUCAGAGGAGGACAAAACCUGCACUGGCCCUGCAAUCCCCCGGUGGCUUUCCUGGUCUAUUCUGUAAAGACUGUAAAUAGUGGAAAUCUGUGUUAAUAUGUACGUCAAAACAGCAGAAUUGCCAGGAGGCUCUGGUGUUUAAAGCCAAAAGUGGAGAUUUGGCUUUGCAUUAAUCACCGUCUGAUCGUUAGCUUGAUCACAGCUGCUUGGGAUUGACUUUUGAACAGUUUACAACCUACAUGUUAGUUCAUGUAGAACUUUGUUUUUGCCCUUUCAUUCUGCGGUAUAUGACGGUAUAAAAUUGUGCACUUAAAAACACAUUUACUUAAGUUUUAAGAUGUAACUGAUCCCUUAUAAUGGCUCAUAAAGAAAAUUAGUUUGCAUUAUCUUGCUUUUUUUUUAAAUGAAUAAAUUCAACUCAUUCUCCUCA